GUGUGGGCCGGAGGGCCCGGGCGCUCGCAGGCCAGUCGCGGCUUGUCAGAACGGUCGCCGCCGGAGCGGGGCGAGGCUGCGGCGCUCGGUUGCCGGCGUUCCGCGGUGCGAGCAAGGAUGAGCGCGCAGAGGACGCAGGGCCACGGGCAGCGCAGGUAACGGAGCCGGGGUGCGGCGGCCGCGGCUGGGUUUCUUCCGGGACCCGGGGGUGCUGGAUGGAGGAGAGGACCGAGGCGACGCUGAGCCCCGGCUCGUAACGGCGGGGCGGCUGGCUGCUUGAGCUGCAACGGCCGGAGAGAAGGAUGUGCGGAGCCCGGGCGGCGCGAGGCGGUUGAGCCUUGGGGCCCCAGGACGUCGGGGCCGGGGAUGAGUUAGCGAGGGCCGCCGCCGGGGCCAGUUCCGAGGGCUGCAGGCCAAGGCGACGGCGCCGCCCGCCCGCCCCUUCCGUGCAGAGGCCGCCAGCUCCUUUUCCGCGCCCGCGCUCGCGGCCCCGGAGACCAUGAGGUUCCGCAUCUACAAACGGAAGGUGCUAAUCCUGACGCUCGUGGUGGCCGCCUGCGGCUUGGUCCUCUGGAGCAGCAAUGGGCGACAAAGGAAGAACGACGCCCUCGCCCCGCCGCUGCUGGACGCGGAGCCCCCGCGGGGUGCGGGCCACCUCGCCGUGUCCGUAGGCAUCCGCAAGGUCUCCAACGAGUCGGCGGCUCCUCUGGUCCCCGCCGCCCCGUGGCCGGAGGUGGACAACCUGACGCUGCGGUACCGGUCCCUGGUGUACCAGCUGAACUUCGAUCAGACGCUGAGGAAUGUCGACGGCACCUGGACCCCCGGGGAGCUGGUGCUGGUUGUCCAGGUGCAUAACCGGCCCGAAUACCUCAGGCUACUGCUAGACUCGCUUCGAAAAGCCCAGGGCAUUAAUGAAGUCCUCGUCAUCUUUAGCCACGACUUCUGGUCGGCAGAGAUCAACCAGAUGAUAGCUAAGGUGGAUUUCUGCCCGGUUCUGCAAGUGUUCUUUCCAUUCAGCAUUCAGCUGUACCCGAGUGAGUUUCCGGGGACUGACCCCAGAGAUUGCCCCCGAGACCUAAAGAAGAAUACAGCUCUGAAGUUGGGGUGCAUCAAUGCCGAAUACCCCGACUCCUUCGGCCAUUACAGAGAGGCCAAAUUCUCGCAAACCAAACAUCAUUGGUGGUGGAAGCUGCAUUUUGUGUGGGAGAGAGUCAAAGUUCUCCAGGAUUACACUGGCCUUAUACUUUUCCUGGAAGAGGACCACUACUUAGCCCCAGACUUUUACCAUGUCUACCAAAAGAUGUGGAAGUUGAAGCAGCAGGGGUGUCCUGGGUGUGAUGUCCUCUCUCUGGGGACCUACACCGCCAGACGGAGUUUCUAUGGUAUUGCUGACAAGGUGGACGUGAAAACUUGGAAAUCCACAGAGCACAAUAUGGGGUUAGCCUUGACCCGAGAUGCAUAUCAGAAGCUGAUCGAAUGCACAGACACUUUCUGUACUUACGAUGAUUAUAACUGGGACUGGACUCUUCAAUACUUGACUGUGUCUUGUCUUCCUAAAUUCUGGAAAGUCUUGGUUCCUCAAGCUCCUAGGAUUUUUCAUGCUGGAGACUGUGGUAUGCAUCACAAGAAAACAUGUAGGCCGUCCACCCAGAGUGCCCAGCUUGAGUCUUUCUUAAAUAAUAACAAACAGUACAUGUUUCCAGAAACUCUAGUUAUCAGUGAGAAGUUUUCUAUGGCGGCCAUUUCCCCACCUAGGAAAAACGGAGGCUGGGGAGAUAUUAGGGACCAUGAACUCUGUAAAAGUUAUAGAAGACUGCAGUGAGAAACAAAUCACAAUGCAGAAGUGACAGGCUUCUUUCUGCUUUUUAUAUUUCUCUCAAUGGAAGAUACAGUUGACUGAAGGGUAUAGGAACUGGUUUUUGCUUUAAUACAUAAACAGAUUUCUUGUAAAAGAUGUCCAAAUAUAUAUUAAUCCUUUUCAGUUAUGUCUGACUAAAAUUUCAAACUGAAAUUUUCAUUUUGGAACUUGGGUUUUAAAAUUCAGUCUGUAUCUGGUUAGUAACAAUUCGAUUAUUAUUGAUUAAAAAAGGAAAUUUUAUUUAAAAUCGCAUCUGUUAACCUUUUUAUCUAAAACUUUGUAUACUUUUCCACUUUCCAAGCUUAUUUUAAGUGCAGCGAGAUUUAUUUAAAAUGUCACAGCAGUAAAAAGUAUUACAAUGACACUACUAAGUAUUGCUGGAACAAACCCAGUUUUACUGUUGACAGUUAUUAGGAAGGAAUUGUCUGACUGUUAAUAACUCAGAAGUUCCGUCUGUUAAACACCCGUCCGAAGAGUCAUUUCAGUAUUCCUGAUUCCUGUGCUGUUGUGUUAAGAUUUGCCUGUGCUUUCAGCCUUCAUAUUACAUGAUUUCUGUUGGAAUGUAUUUGGUUAAUAAGGAAGUUUAAACACUGUUUUCACCUCAAUGUAGAAAUACAGUGGUUUUGAUUUUUUUCUUUUUAGUGCUGCCAAAAUAAAAUACUCAUUUUUUUCGCAUAAAAAGUUCCCUAAUCAUUUUGCAGAAUGUUCUAUUUGUACCAGUAAAGGCAUUCUAGAAGUUUUGAGCACAAGCAUUAUAUCAUAAUAUUUACUAGCUAUACAUUGUAUGAGUUUAAAAUGAAGCCGGCUCAUGACAGUGCAUUCUCUUUGGAAGAAAUUGUUCAGCUUUCAAAUUAGCCAGGCAUAGAUAAUGAACAAUAAGCAAAGCUGCUACAUAAGGGAAAUACUGCCUGAAUUGUUUUUGAAGGCCAGAAAUGAUACAAAGUUCAGUCUUGCCAAGGUGCAGCAGGUCUGGUGCCAGCUGUGACUGAGAUACUUUUAAAAGAACAGAUGCAGUAGCAGGGAGCAAGCUUUAGUUACUCCAUAGUUUAUAUUACUUUUCCAUACUAUUAGUGUAUUCAGCCAAAAAUCUCAGAGGACUCGUUACUGUGUAAAGAUGACCAUUGGUCAUUUGAACCACAGUCUCAAAAAUGUUUUCAUCAGUGUUGUACUGGAAAUGCACGUGCUCUUUAGAGGGGCCAUCACAGGUGUCUGGUUUUAUAGUCCCCUCACAUCUCAAUCUGUCACUGCCUUGGCUUUUUACAUGUUUUACCACAUCUGUUUCCUGUGUGCUCAUGUAUGGGUAUACACGUGUGUAUCCGUGGUGCAUGCUGAAGGUCAGAGGGUGUUGGUUCCCUUCCCUGAGUCCCAGGGUCAGAACUCCAGGCACUUGGCGGUGUCUUUACCCACUGAGCUGUCUCACUCUUUCUGUUGUGUGUUAAAGAUUGGUUUGUGUGCACAGCUCUGGCUGGCCUUAGAUUUGUAACCCUCCCAGUUCUGGAAUUACAGAGCCCCAUGCAUGCAAGGCAGGGGCUGUCCCUCAAGGUACAAUCUCAGUAUCCAGUAGAUAGUGCUGCUGUCAUAUAGGGAGAGAUGUAUGUAACUCAGAAUCUCCUGACCUGCUAUCACCUGUUCAAAGGACUAACGGAAGUAGCUGUUUUCAGGAGUGUUGGAAGGCUAGUCAUAAUUAGUAGGCUUGUCUGAAACAGAAAGAUUUAAGCUCAUGGCCUCGGGACUAGUGAUGACAUCAACAGAGAUUUUCUCUCUACAGUUUCA